CUGUGUCUUCCUACAUAUCAUAGUUUGCUCAACACACGUGUGUUUCAGUUUCCUUUUCUAUAAGUUGGGAGCUAAUAGUAAUAGUGCAACUCCAUAUAACUGUUGGGGUUAAAUGAAUAAAAUAAAUAUAAAAAGCAUAGAAGAAUGCUUCGCUUCUGAUAGGGUUAAAUGAGUAAAGUAAAAAGCAGAGAAGAAUGCUUAGCUUCUAGUAAGUUCUCCCUUAAUAUCAGCUGUUAUUAUUAGGAUUGAUAUUUCUGUUCAGCUGAAGUAGAGAUGGAUGGAACCAAUGGCAGCACCCAAACCCAUUUCAUCCUACUGGGAUUCUCUGACCGACCCCAUCUGGAGAGGAUCCUCUUUGUGGUCAUCCUGAUUGCGUACCUCCUGACCCUCGUAGGCAACACCACCAUCAUCCUGGUGUCCUGGCUGGACCCCCACCUCCACACCCCCAUGUACUUCUUCCUUACCCACCUUUCCUUCCUGGACCUCAGUUUCACCACCAGCUCCAUCCCCCAGCUGCUCUACAACCUUAAUGGACGUGACAAGACCAUCAGCUACUUGGGCUGUGCCAUCCAGCUCUUCCUGUUCCUGGGUCUGGGUGGUGUGGAGUGCCUGCUCCUGGCCGUCAUGGCCUAUGACCGGUUUGUGGCUCUUUGCAAGCCCCUGCGCUACAUGGUGAUCAUGAACCCCAGGCUCUGCCGGGGCUUGGUGUCAGUGGCCUGGGGCUGUGGGGUGGCCAACUCCUUGGCCAUGUCUCCCGUGACCCUGCGCUUACCCCGCUGUGGGCGCCAUGAGGUGGACCACUUCCUGUGUGAGAUGCCUGCCCUGAUCCGGAUGGCCUGCGUCAGCACUGUGGCCAUCGAAGGCACCGUCUUUGUCCUGGCGGUGGGUGUUGUGCUGUCCCCCUUGGUGUUUAUCCUGCUCUCUUACAGCUACAUUGUGAGGGCUGUGUUACAAAUUCGGUCAGCAUCAGGAAGGCAGAAGGCCUUCGGCACCUGCGGCUCCCAUCUCACUGUGGUCUCCCUUUUCUAUGGAAACAUCAUCUACAUGUACAUGCAGCCAGGAGCCAGUUCUUCCCAGGACCAGGGCAAGUUCCUCACGCUCUUCUACAACAUUGUCACCCCCCUCCUCAAUCCUCUCAUCUACACCCUCAGAAACAGAGAGGUGAAGGGGGCACUGGGAAGGUUGCUUCUGGGGAAGAGAGAGCUAGGAAAGGAGUAA